AUGGAAAUCUCGGCAGAAUCGAGCACCCCAAACCACAAAGAAAGGCAGAGCAAGACAAGAAGAAAAGAGGCGACCAGGGUCUUCUGGCUACUUGUCCAUCUCUCGAUUACCUCUGUCCUGCUCGUAAUUCUAAGGCUUAUUGAAGUAGACUUUAUUCUCGAGUCGGCCAUCAGAAUAAUACCCGGGAGAGGUAGGUAUAUCCUAUGGCCUGUCAAAAAACUUUUAGGGCUUGGGUCUGUCCAGAAUUGUCUUAGAAAUGCAUGCAAAGAUGUGGAGAAGCUAAAUACUAUGUUGGAAUCCAGAAGUUAUAUCCCGUUUGCGUCCCUAAUACUCACGAAUACCAAAAAUGUGGAGAAGCUAAAUACUAUGUUGGAAGCCAGGAGAGUUUUUUGUAUAGCGUGUGCGUCCCUGAUACUCACGGAUAUUGCGUUGGGGCUGUUCAUUAGAAGUAUCAUUAACUCCCUUAGGAUGAACCCCAAGGCUACAGACUUCAAAAGAAUUGCCAUGGUGGCCGUUCGGAUCUGCAUUCUGGCAGUUCUUUUAAAGAACAAGCAUGGAAAGGAGAUGGCCAACCUCUUGGGGCCGGAGGACGUUGCAGGCCUGAUAGUAGCACAGUACUGCUUUUCGUCGGCCUGGAAUCUUGUUAAGGACAUUGAGGAAAGCACGGGCGAAGAGAUACUUACAAGGAUUAUGGGAUACUGGGCAAUAAACACAGCCAUCUCUAAGGAAAAGCCUUCUGUGGUGGAAAUGUUGGUGAACUCCGUGGUUAGGCGCUUUGAGAAGGAUAUAGAUAGUAUAUCUGGAAUAACGUCCAUUAUCAUAAGACCCUCUUCUAUCAUUGAGUAUAUUUUGACGGUUAUCAUCACACCCUUCUUCUCUAUAGUUAUAGUGUUGUAUCUUUCCGGAUGGGCACGGAUGUUUAAGCAUUUGGUCCGUAAAGAGUUCCAUAUCUCCAAUAGAACUGCCUAUAAAUAUGCCAUAGCUGUGUCUGUCGUACUGGCACUAUUCUUCAUCUACCGUGCAUAUUGUGAGCUCUGGAAUGUGACAAAUGCGUUGGGAACAAGAGGCAACAUAGAAGCUCCACUGAAAAAGGAGCCAUUUAACGGGCUGCUGGCCAAGGAUGUCAGUGAAAUAGAUUGGCAGCCGAUCAAGGAUUUCAAUCCACAUAUCCAAAGUACAAACAAUAAUUAA